AUGGCGGAAAAUUUAAAAGGCUGCAGUGUGUGUUGCAAAUCUUCUUGGAAUCAGCUACAGGACCUGUGCCGCCUGGCCAAGCUCUCCUGUCCUGCCCUUGGCGUCUCCAAGAGGAACCUCUAUGACUUUGAAGUCGAGUACCUGUGCGAUUACAAAAAGAUCCGCGAACAGGAGUAUUACCUGGUAAAAUGGCGUGGGUACCCAGACUCCGAGAGCACCUGGGAACCACGGCAGAAUCUCAAGUGUGUGCGCAUUCUCAAGCAGUUCCACAAGGACUUGGAAAGGGAGCUGCUUCGGCGGCACCACCGGUCGAAGCCACCCCGGCACCUGGACCCAAGCCUGGCCAACUACCUGGUGCAGAAGGCCAAGCAGAGGCGGGCAUUGCAGCGCUGGGAGCAGGAGCUCAAUGCCAAGCGUAGCCACCUGGGACGCAUCACCGUGGAGAACGAAGUAGACCUGGAUGGCCCCCCACGGGCCUUCGUGUACAUCAAUGAGUACCGUGUUGGUGAGGGCAUCACCCUCAACCAGGUGGCUGUGGGCUGUGAGUGCCAGGACUGUCUGUGGGCACCAGCUGGAGGCUGCUGCCCUGGGGCGUCACUGCACAAGUUUGCCUACAAUGACCAGGGCCAGGUGCGCCUGCGAGCCGGGCUGCCCAUCUACGAGUGCAACUCCCGCUGCCGCUGUGGCUAUGACUGCCCUAACCGCGUGGUACAGAAGGGCAUCCGCUACGACCUCUGCAUCUUCCGCACGGAUGAUGGACGUGGCUGGGGUGUCCGCACGUUGGAGAAGAUCCGCAAGAACAGUUUCGUCAUGGAGUACGUGGGAGAGAUCAUUACCUCAGAGGAGGCAGAGCGGCGGGGCCAGAUCUAUGACCGCCAGGGUGCCACCUACCUCUUCGACCUGGACUACGUGGAGGAUGUGUACACUGUGGACGCCGCCUAUUACGGCAACAUCUCCCACUUUGUCAACCACAGUUGUGACCCCAACCUCCAGGUGUACAACGUCUUCAUAGACAACCUUGAUGAGCGGCUGCCCCGCAUUGCUUUCUUUGCCACCAGAACCAUCCGGGCAGGCGAGGAGCUCACCUUUGAUUACAACAUGCAAGUGGACCCCGUGGACAUGGAGAGCACACGCAUGGACUCCAACUUUGGUCUGGCUGGGCUCCCCGGCUCUCCCAAGAAGCGGGUCCGCAUUGAAUGCAAGUGUGGGACUGAAUCCUGCCGCAAAUACCUCUUCUAG